CCAACCCUGGAAUACACACAAAGUGUGUAACAGACGAUUGAAAAGAAUCUCAAGACUGUCUUAGGUCUCCGUUUAAUCGAGAAAGUACGUGUGGACCCCUAUAUAAUUCGUAUGCGUAUCGCAAUUGAAAAUUUACGGAAGUCUACGUUUAUCGCGACGCGAUGCAUGAGAGACCGCGUCAUCGAUAAGACCUUGCGCGUCGCUUAUCAGUGAACAAGCCUCGCUUUCUUCGGCCGGGCGAUAUCUAGUCGGGUAUUUCUCGCUUAUCGCGAUACCAUUGUCCGCAUUUUCAUCCAGUCUGCCGUUGCGCAGGAUGUUAUGCCCAAGGUGCGCAUGGUGCGUCCGGACUGCGGUGACCCGGCUUGAUCUGCGAACUUUGCUCGUACAAAGCGACGUUCAGCGCAUAGAUUGCGUCGACGGCGAUCACUUCAUAGGCGUAACAUUGAACGGCCAAAUAAUCGAUGUUAACGAUAGCUACGAUGCGGAGGACGGAUGGCGGGAAGUCCGGACGGAUCGUGACAAGGUGCUCUACUAUGUGCUCAGCCAGGUCGUUUACCCGGACAUGGACGCGCCUCGUCCGGAAAGAUUCGAGUCGCUAUAUGCCUUGGCGGGUGAGCUUGACGUCAUGUUGCUCAGAUGGCAAGAGGGCAAGGCCGUUGGGUUCUACACCGUCAAGUUCGCAGGUGCAGAAGUACCCUCGAUGAGGGAGAGAUAUAGAAUGCCCGUAGUGGACACGGCGUAUGUUCGAUCGGAAUACAGAAACCGAGGCUUCGGCACGGAGAUCUUGUCCGACGUGAUCGCGCGCUUCCCCAACGAAGACAUCGGUUUCUCCAAACCAAUCUCGAACGGCAUGUUGAGAAUCUUGAAGAGAUUCCUGACGAGUCGGAGGGAGUACCGUCUACAUUUCUGGGAGAUAUCGGACUGCGUAGAUAUCGUCGGGUCGCAGCAACUGAUAUGGUGCCGUGUCAAGAAAGCAGUCUUAUGACGAAGAAAAUAGCUAGAAUUCAUUAUAGAAGCAUGAAACGAGAGAGAGAGAGAGAGAGAGAGAGAGAGAGAAAGAAAGAAAGA